AUGACUACAGUAAAACCACAGAAGGAAAAAUCUUGUAAUGCAGCCCCUCGCUUGGCGCCCCGCCCGACGGCGGCGUCGGCUGCGCGCGCGGCUCGAAAUGCAACAAACCGCAAUCUCAAUGUGCCACUCUCCCAAAGACAAUCUCCGUCACGUGCUCCCUCUUUAUCUACAAUCGCAAAGGCUAAAAGUCCAGUACAACGAAAUAAUCAGAAAUCUGACUCCAAAACUGAUAUUCAGAUAAACAGAAACCUUGAUAGCGACUUACCAACGUUUGAUAGUUUUUCUGUUCCAUCUAAACCAGAUCCUGAUUCAUAUGUUACUGAUAGCCCUUCUGGAGUUUUAAUAAAAGUUUCUGAUCCUAAUAGACAAACUAGUACAGAUAAAGACCAAGAAAUCGAUACUUUUGAAGUUGAGCAAAAAGACGUUAUCCCAAAUGAUAUUGUAAAUAUGCACCAAAUAUCAGAUUGCAUAUCUACAACUCGACCACAUACACCCGGAAUAAGUAGUCGACCACAGACUCCAAAGAGCUUGCAGCCCAGCAGGCCGCGUACGCCCAGUCGACCAACAACUCCUGCACAUUCUGUACAACGUAACUGCACUCCAGUCAGUCGCCCCAACACCCCAAGCUUAAGUAAUACUAACAGACCGAAAACUCCAACAUCCCUUCCGUCACCCACUUCAAGAGUUAUAACACCAGCGUUACAGCUUCAAACCACCUCUUUUAUAAAGAAUGACAAAGAUCUGAAAACAAUUUACGAUACAAAACAACAACAGUUUCAUCGUAUGAAAAAGGAGUUAGAUAUGAAGCAACAAGCAUUAUUAGAAGUUUUCGACUGCAUACGUAGUUUAAGAGAACGUAUGUCACAUGAAGGUAUAUCGGGUGAUGGAGAAAAUUGUCCUCAAAAUGUGGUGGUCUUUAAUGUAGCAGACUGGGCAACACAUGAAAUCACGCAAUUAUGCCGCGAUGCUGCUGCCUCUUCCACAACGGAUGAAGCGAUAGAACUUAUCAGCACAAUUGUUCCUAUUGAUGAAUGUGCUCUUGCCGAAUUGGAUGCAAAAGCAUCAAACGUACCUACGAAGUUUGCAGAUUUGUGUCUACAGGCGUUUACAGCACGCCAAGAACUUAUUGACUGGGUUAAGGAACUUGUUGAGAAAAACGAAAAUGGAAGCGGCGAGUCUUUAGAGCGUAUUGCGCGAUACAACGAGCAGGGUCUAGAGCUUUGUGAGUCAUUACGUGAACUCAAGAGUUGUGCGGAUGAUGUCGUCGGCAGAGUGAUACAAAUUUAUAAGAGGGCAAGUCGUGAACGAAGUGCGCUUAUUGCUGUUGGGGAAUCACUGUUACGGGAAACCGCUCGUCUUCGUGAAGAUAUCGACACACAAGCGAGUAUAGUCAAAGAAAUGCAGGACCGACGUACUGAAACUGAAGCUACUAAAGAAUUCGAAGAAUUACGUCAUGCAUUAGAAGAAGAAAUAGCUGCAAAAUUGGCGGCAAAGGAUAAGCUCUCCACCACAGAAUCACAACUUCGCCAGGCGCGGAUACGUGUCAAUAAAAUGGAUCGGCAGUUACGUGAAGCUGAAGCCAGUAUUGCUAGUCUCACAGGAACGGUGAAGUCUUUAGAAGAUCAGAGCCGACAGCGUGAAGUACAGUUGGAAGCACGUGCGAGAAAAUUAAAAGAAUCGCUUAAGACUGGUGAAGUGACUAGCGGGCAAAUCGCUCAUCAACGCGAUGCGCUCCAAGCAGAGGUUUUAAAUUUAAAAGAACAAAUUGAAACGAUGACAGUGCAACACAAAUCUACCGUAGAAGAUUUAACAAAUCAAUUGAAAGAAUUAAAGAAUUGUUUGGAAGAACAUAAGCAAAUGACAGAGAGGGAAAUUGAAAUAAAACAAGCUACUAAGGCAUCACUAAUAGAGAGUAAUAGUACAAUUGAAGAAUUAAAAACGAAACUUAUGGAGAUAGAAAAGAAUAGACCAAAUCCAGAGUUGCCAACGGAAAGAGAGAUGGAUCUAUGGGCCGAUCUCCAAGCUACUAAAGAUACAUUGCGUUUUACAGAAGAGGAAGUGAUUGCGUGUAAACGAGAAAAAGUUCGCUUUUUAGAAACCCUCACAAAGAUAGCAGAAUCUGAGAACAAAGUAGGAAUGCAACAGAAACUGGCAGCUGAACUACUAAGCAAAGAAGAAAUUAUAAGCAAGAUGCAAACACAGAUUAGAGAAUUAACAAAAAAUAUUAAACUAAAUGAACAGAAGGUUAUACAAUAUGAGCAGUACGUGCGUGAUCUACAGGCGCACAAUCGCGCUGUGGCCGACUGUCAGGAGGCGCCUGAUGGAAUCAGAUAUGAGGAUUUGCAGCAAGAGAUAUUUAACCUUAGAAUGGGACUACUUGAAACAGUACAUCGUAACGAAGAGUUAUCGGAGAUGUUAAUGCAAAGGGAGCAACAACUGGAGCAGCAAGACAAGACUUCACGUGCCCAGGCAAGAGUCAUAAAGGUUCGUGAGGAAUUGAUCAACAUGUUAAAGAACAAGGAAACAGAGCAGAGCCGAGAACUUACCAACUUACAACAGGACCUUGAACAUCGUAUGAAAAUUGUAGAUGAAGUAAACAAGCAGAUAGCUGCGAAAGCAGAUGAGAUUCAGGAACUGUUCUCUACACUGGAAAAUAAACAACAGCAAAUACACCGACUCGAGAAGAUUGUGUUGGCGCUGGAAGAGCAGCAGCGUCGAGCGCAAGCACAGCGUACACGACACGAAGAAAAAAUUGCCGCAUUGGAACACGAGCUCGCAUCGGGUGGCAAUAGACGAGAACGGUUAGUACUUUAG